GUCUCUGUAUCAGCGGCAUGGCAGUGCGUGAUCUGGCCACCAAGGGGCGCUCCUGCACCAGUCAGUCUGUGUUCGGCGCCCGUGGAGAGCUCGGCUAGCGUUAUUGUUUUGGCCAUUAAACCCAUUUCCAGAAGCCGAAAUGGCAUCUAACGAAUAUUCCCAGUCAGCUCCGCAGGGCUACGGCUCCUACGGUGGCGCGGCCAGCCAGAGCUACGGGCAACCCUCCGGCCAGGGCUACAGCCAGCAGGGGGGGUACGGAGGAGGGGGAGGGUACAGUCAGAGCCCAGAGAGUGGCUCUGCCUCCUACAACCAGGGAGGCUACGGCAGCUAUGGCCAGCCACAGUCGGGAGGGUACGGUUCCUCUCCUCCCAGCCAGGGGGGGGGCGGCAGCUACCCGGGCCAGUCCUAUAGCUCCGGGGGCUACAGCGGCGGCGGCGGCAGUGGGGGCGGACAGCCCUCCUCUGGGGGGUACGGCCAGCAGUCGUCCUACUCAGCCUACGGCCAGCAGCCCCCUGCUUCACAGCAGCAGCAGCCCCCCUCCCCCCCCCCCUGCAGGGUACGUACAGACACCCCCUCCCCCCCCCCCCCCCCAGGUUGA